AUGCUCCUUAGUGUAAUGGAAGGGGAACUGGAAGCACGGGAUCUUGUAAUUGAAGCCUUGAGGGCACGCCGGAAGGAGGUUUUUAUCCAGGAACGGUAUGGGAGGUUUAAUCUUAGUGACCCAUUUCUGGCUCUGCAGAGAGACUAUGAAGCAGGUGCUGGUAGUAAAGAAAAGAAGUCCAUCUGUACCAACCCCCUCUCCAUUUUAGAAGCUGUCAUGUCUCACUGCAGAAAAAUGCAAGAGAGAAUGUCCGCUCAGUUGGCUGCUGCUGAAAACAGACAAAAGAAGUUGGAAAUGGAAAAGUCUCAGUUACAGAUGCUUGAGCUGGAGCAUAAGAAGUUGUCUGCUCGCCUUGAAGAAGAACGUGGCAAGAAUAAACAUGUAGUAUUGAUGCUAGUGAAAGAAUGUAAACAGUUGUCUGGCAAAAUUAUAGAGGAAGCCCAGAAACUGGAAGAAAUAAUGUCAAAAUUUGAAGAAGAAAAAAAAAAGGCUAAUGAAUUGGAGGAAUUUCUUGCAGCUGAGAAACAAAGGAGUACACAAAUGGAAGCUCAGAUGGAAAAACAGCUCUCUGAGUUUGACACAGAAAGGGAGCAACUGCGUGCCAAACUUAACAGAGAGGAAGCACAUACUAGUGACCUCAAAGAAGAGAGAGAUAAAAUGAGAAAAAUGAUUGAGCAGUUAAAAAAGGAAAAUGACAAUAAACCAAACCUUUCUCUCACUUGUAGAAAUAAAGAUAAGUGUUUUGUUUCAGUAUCUGUUGGAACAGAAGGCCCAGCUUCAAGAACUAUUGCCUGUCAGACAGAUACAAUGCCGACGGACAUUAGCACUGAAAGUGUUAGGAAGUUGCCUUUGACUGUGCCUGUAAAACCUUCAGCAGUGAACUCUCUGGUUUCUGGCAGCACAAAAACGAAUGUAUCCGCCAAUGCAGCAUUUGUGAAACCAGUCAUUGAUAGGCACUCUUCCUGUAGUGAACUGAUUGUCCCAUCCACAACUCCUAUUCUGACUCCAAGUCAAAACAGAAUUGAGGAAAAUGGACCAAGUACUGGCUCAUCACCAGAUUUUACAAAUAGCACUUCCCCCUUUCCAAGUAAUGCUGCCCUCUCCGUUUCUCCAGCAUCAAGUAUUGCAUCUCAGAACCACUCACUAGCUUCGUCUAUGCACAGUUUACAGUCACAGUCUGCCAACGCUACUGUGCAUCCAGGCCUAAAUCCUCGAGUCCAAGCAGCUAGAUUUAGAUUUCAAGCUAAUGCUAAUGAUCAAGACCAAAAUGGAAACACUACCCAAAGCCCUCCGUCAAGGGAUGUCUCUCCCACUAGUCGUGACAACCUAGUUGCCAAACAGCUAGCUCGGAAUACUGUCACCCAAGUCCUUUCAAGAUUUACAAGUCCUCAAGGUGGUGCUACUUUGCGGCCUGGAAUGUCACAUUCAGUGGAAGUUGGCACCUAUCCCCCAGUUGGUAGAAUGGGUUUAAAGACUCCCAAUGUAUCAAGAAUUGACAGAGGAAAUCCUCCACCUAUUCCUCCAAAAAAGCCAGGGCUUUCGCAAACUCCUUCACCACCACACCCACAGCUUAAAGUUAUUAUGGAUAGUAGUCGAUCCUCUAAUACGGGUGUAAAAUUUGACAGCAAAACCAUGAUUUCACCUCCUUCCAGUUCACCACAAGGAAUCAGGGUAAUAAAUGAGGAAAUUAUUUCUAAGUCCUCACCUCAGCUGCCACCAAAACCUACUAUAGAUAUAUCUAUGGCAUCUGCAGGCUGUGCCAUACCAGCCAUGGCCACAUCUCAGGUGGGUGCCUGGCCUUCCCAAUCCCCUGGACUGAACCAACCUGCAUGUUCAGAAAGUUCCUUUGUCAUUCCCACCACCAUUGCCUGUAGCUCCUUCAUAAACCCUAUUAGUGCUUCAUCCUGUAGACCAUGUGAUUCAGACAGCCUACUGGCAACAGCAUCAGGCUGGUCUCCCUCCCUAACCCCUUUGUUAAUGAGUGGUGGUCCUGUCCCCCUGGGUGGCAGGCCCACCCUUCUUCACCAAACUGCUGCCCAGGGAAAUGUCACUUUAUUGUCAAUGCUGCUUAAUGAAGAAGGAUUGGACAUUAAUUAUUUCUGUGAAGAUGGUUAUUCUGCCUUGUAUUCUGCUGCUAUGAAUGGACAUACAGAUUGUGUGAGAUUGCUGCUGACUGCAGAAGCACAAGUUGAUGCUGCUGAUAAAAAUGGUUUUACACCCUUGUGUUCAGCAGUUGCUCAGGGACAUUUCAGGUGUGCAGAAUUAUUAAUUAUGUAUCAGGCUGACGUUAACCAUGCUGCUGAAAGAGGACAGACGCCUUUGUACCUAGCCUGUGGAAAUGGAAAUAAUGAAUGUAUCAAACUUUUGCUGGAAGCUGGAGCAGAUCGAAGUGUAAAAACCAGUGAUGGCUGGACACCAAUUCAUGCAGCUGUGGAUUCUGGUAAUGUUGACAGCCUCAAGCUCCUUAUGUACUAUGGAGAAACAGACAAUGGAAACUUAAUGAAUGAUGCACAGCCUAAUUCAGGCUUCUUUGACUUGGAAUGCAGAGAAGACAGCUAUCCCAGUAAAGCAAGGCCUGUUGUUUCUGCAGAUCUUAUCAACCAUGCUGACAAAGAGGGUUGGACUGCUGCCCAUAUAGCAGCAUCAAAAGGCUUUAAGAACUGCCUAGAAAUCUUGUGUAGCCAUGGUGGACUAGAGGCUGAAAGGAAAGAUAAGUGUGAUCGAACGCUGCAUGAUGUUGCCACUGAUGACUGCAAACAUCUCCUGGAGAACUUGAAUGCUCUUAGAGUACCUUUAAGGAUUUCAGUCAGUGAAAUAGAACUAGCCUACUGUGGUACAGAGGAUUGUGACACAGAAAACACAAUAUGUUCUUUAAAUAUCCGCAAACAGACAUCAUGGGAUGAUUUUUCAAAAGCAGUGAGUCAGGCGGUGACAAACCAUUUCCAAGCAAUCACCUCUGAUGGAUGGAGGAGUCUAGAAGACCUGACAUUUAAUAAUGCUGCAGAAUCCAACAUUGGCCUCAGUGCAAGCAGUAUAUUAUCCAUCAAAAUAGGAAAUGUUCCAUGGUCAACAGGUCAGAUUUUUCCACAGGCACCGUGGGAUUUUUUGAAGAGGAAUAAAACAGAACACAUAACAGUGUUUUUGUUCGGUCCUCAAGAAGGCUGCUUAAACAGUGUGACUUAUGCAUCUAUGAUCCACCUUCAGAUACUGCAGAACUACCUCCGGCUGGUUGAACAAUACCGUAAUGUCAUCUUUCAUGGUCCAGAAGGAAGUUUGCAAGACUACAUAGCACAUCAGAUAGCGCUCUGUAUGAAGAAAAAGCAAAUGGCUGCCGGAUUCACCUGUGAAAUUGUUAAAGUUGAAGUGGAUGCUGAUUUCUCCAAGGAGCAGCUUGCAGAAUUAUUCAUCAAUAAUGCUUGUCUGGUCCCAGUGAAACAGCUUUCUGUGAGCAAGAAAACCAUUGUGAUUUUAGAGAAUCUGGAAAAAGCUUCAUUAUUUGAUUUACUGGGAGACUUUCUGACACCUCUUGAGAAUCGUGGUGAAAAUCCCUGCACUUUUCAAAAAGCAAACGGUGUGCCUGAUGCAUAUUACUUUCAUGAGAACUGCUUUCUAAUGGGGACAAUUGCAAAGUCUCGUCUCCAAGGCUCUGACUUGUUGGUUCAGCAACAUUUCCGCUGGGUUCAACUAAGGUGGGAUGGGGAACCAAUCCAUGGCUUGCUUCAAAGGUUUUUAAGAAGGAAAGUUAUAAAUAAGUUCAGAGGUAAAGUGCCCCCUCCAUGGGAUCCAGUGUGCAAGAUCAUAGACUGGAUUCUUGCCGUUUGGCACCAGCUGAACUCCUGCUUAUCCCGUUUAGGUGCACCUGAAGCACUCAUAGGGCCAAAACAUUUCUUCUCUUGUCCGGUGGAGCCUGGGCAUGGCCAAAUCACAGUGAAGUGGCUGUCCAAAUUAUGGAACACUGUCAUUGCUCCCAGAGUUCAAGAAGCAAUACUCGCCAGAGCCUCUGUGAAGAGACCGCCUGCACUGGGACAAACAGCAGCCAAAAAAAAUCCUAGUCAAGGCCAACAGGCUGUGGUUAAAGCAGCUCUCAGUAUCUUGCUAAACAAAGCUGUUCUGCAUGGCUGUCCUCUUCCACGAACAGAUCUGGAUAGAUAUAUAGCAGACUUUAAAGGAGGAAAUUUCCCCUUAGCCAUGGUUUCAAGCUACAAAAAUUGUAAUAAGAAAAGAGGAGAGAAUGCUUCCUGGAGAAAGGUGAGCACAAGUCCUCGUAAGAAGUCAGGCCAUUCAUCUUCCCAAUCAUGGAGUAAGCAGGAGGCAAAUACAGAAGGUAUACAAAGAAAGAAUGUGUUGCAACAAAAUUGCAACAAAAUGGCUUCUCUUAUCAAAAACUCUUCAGAGAAUGAGCAGCUAAAAGUGUUAAAUCUGGAGCAAAGGCUGUCCCUUGGUUCUGAUGAUGAAGUAGAUCUUGUGCAGGAACUUCAAAGUAUGUGUUCCAGCAAAUCAGAGUCUGAUAUAAGCAAGAUUGCUGAUUCUAAGGAUGAGUUGGUUAUGUUCAGAAGCUCUCAAACUGAUCCUAUAUUUUCAGCAAGCAGUACUAAUCCAAGUAAAUCGGUGUCACAAAAGGAUGGGAUCCGUCCUCUCAGCAGCAAUCGCACUGUGGAAUGCACCAACAGUAAAUCAAAGACUGAGUUGGGUGUUUCAAGAGUUAAAUCUUUUCUUCCUGUUCCCAGAAGUAAAGUCACCCAGCCUUCUCAGUACGCAAAAAAGCAGCAGCAGUAA